ACUAAAGGAAAGGAUUUUUGAAUUAAUUUUGUUAUGAUUUUUUAUUUACGCUGAUAAAAUGUUGUCCGUGCAGAAUUUUUUGAUUGACAAGUGCACGAGUUGCGAGGGGGAGGGGGCACACCCACUCACGAAAAAGUCCUCCCCAAUCACGAUCAAGAGUGAGAGGGUGCAUUUUCGGAAUAAUAGCGAAAAAGUUGAGGAGUACGAUCUGGCGAGGUCCGCCACGAGCUACUAUUUUUGCAAGGGGUGUGGCUCCUUUGGAACCCCCUCGAGCUCCUCCCCCCAAAUCCCCCCUCCUCCCCCCACCUCCCACCACCCCGACCAACAAUACUACCACACCACAAAAUCCCGCUCUGUGGAUUCCCCCCCAAAUUAUUCCUCCUCCCCACCCAUGCACCCCCCUCUGGCACACCCCCUCCUCUCCCACCCACCUCCUCCUCCCACUCACGCACCCCCCUCCUCCAGCUCCUCCCCCUCCUCCACCUCCACCCCUUCGCACCAAUCCACAAAAAAAUCCAACACCCAAAUUCACGUUGCCACGGCAACGGACACCCUGACCUCGAUCGCUGCCAAGUACGAAACCACGCCGGGGGAAUUACUUAAAUUAAAUCGAUUAAUGAGCGGGAGGUGCGUCUUUCCCGGGAUGGAGUUGAAGGUCCCGGAGAGGAGUUCCGUUGGUGGGGGUGGGGAUGGUAACCAUGGCGACGAAGUCUUUGAAAUCAACAAGGAUAAGAAGAUUGAGAGGAAGUUUGCUAAAAUUGCCGUGAGGCAUGUCACGGAUGGGAAUGGCGUGGUUGCGGGGACCCUGCUGAUCACCCCGAACGCGGUGAUGUUUGACCCCAACGUGAGCGACCCUCUGGUGAUUGAGCAGGGGGCGGAAAUGUACGGCGUCAUCCUGCCCCUCGAAAUCGUCGUCCACGCCGGAAUCUUCUCCGACAUCGCCAUGAUGAAAGUCGAAAAAGGGCUCGAGAUCAAUGUCGAGGAGAAACCGAAGCUUUAUGGGGCCCCCUACAUUCGACCACACCCCCUAUGCUCCUCCCCCUCCCCCCACCCCCCCUGUCCUCAAACCCCACCCCCCAAAAGCCCCACCCAGAAGAAGGAAAAAACCCUAAAACGGCUCUCCUUUCCCCUGACGUGGAUGGACUCGAGUUCGAACGAGGACUUGUCCGACGGGAUCAAGCGCUCCUCCGCCCCGCCCACAGCGAGCCAUGAGAAAAAGAGGGACUCCAAGUCGUUUUUGGAGGAGGAACUCCAAGGCGGGGCCACCGCGACAGUGGGUGCGGUCAAAGAAAUGCAGGGAGUUCUCAGGAAGUCGUUUGAGAGACUCCUCCCCUCCACCAACACCACCACCACCCCUGACCCACGUGACCUCCCCCACCCCCACCCCAACCCACCCCACCUAUCCCCCCCUUGUCAACUCCAGAGUUCACCCCCCUCUCGGCCUCAUCCGAGUGGUAUUUGCUCCUGACCAGCCCAGCCCACCGUGUUUCAAACCCACCAAAAACUCCCUCUGAUCGUGUCCUACGGCCAAAAGAACCACCUGCGGCCCGAGUACUGGUUCCACAUCGUCAUCAGGGAACAGGUCCAGGAGCUCUACCAGUUCUGGAUCCAGUCAAGUCCGGAGACUUAUGGAUUCGAGGUGGAUCAGCAGCUCCUCGCCAGCCGCUCCCAAAAACUCACCACCUUCUCUACGAUGGAUCUAUCGGCCACCGCCCAGCUCGCCACCAGCACCCUCGCCAUCGACGUCGUCAACAAGUCACCAAACAAGGAGUCCUGGGAGAUGUUAAAAUCGCCCUACACUCGACUCUCUUCGAUGAUUUCCCGAUCUCAAACGCUGCUGACGUCGACGUCCUCCUCCGCGACCAACUUUGGCCAAGGGCUCCUCGACUCCAUCUCUGACUUUGCCUCCCUUGAUUACAAUAACGAGGAGGUGGUUUCCAUGAGCGAGGAGUUAAGGGCGGCGCUUUAUGGGUUUUCCAAUGAGGAUUUGCUGUUUCUCACGCCGAAGAUUGUGGGCGGGGAGAGCGAGUUGUUGAAGGAGGAGGACUUGGGGAGGUUGGCAAGGCAUUUGACUCCGAGGGCGGAGGGGCACCCCCUCACGCUCCUCUUCAGCACGUCCCGGGACGGUUUCUCCUUGGCAACGUUAUUCCGACGCAACGCCCCCCUUUCGGAGGACACCCCCAUCCUCCUCGUAAUUCAAGAGACGAAGAACUCAAAAAUAUUUGGGGCCCUUUUGUCGACGCCGUUGCGGACGAGCGAGGUUUUUUACGGGACGGGGCAGUCGUUCCUCUUCACUCUCGAACCGUUCGGGGUCUGGAAAUGGUCCGGGGACAACAUGUACUUUGUCAAGGGGGGCAUGGAUGGGGUGGCUAUAGGGGCGGGGGAUGGGAAGUUUGGGAUUUGGCUGGAUUCGGAUUUGAACUGCGGGAGGACGGAUUCUUGCUCCACCUUCAACAACCCGGCCCUCGUGGAGGACUCAGAUUUCGUAAUAAACAUAAUAGAGUGCUGGGGAUUUAUCUCUGAAACCAUGACAACGGAAUUACCUCCCCCUCCUCCCCCCACGACGACGGCCGUAACCAUGACGACGAAAGAGGAGGACGAACAAAUAACACUAUUAGACGAACUAUAAAGCAAGUAUUUUUUGGUAGACUGAAAAUAUAUUUAUAAUAAAAAUUAUAAUAGCGUUGUUGCCGUAGUAACUCUCUGGAGAAAUAUAUUAAAAAAAGUCUUCCGCGCGCAGUCAAUAAAUAUAUUUUUUAUGAUAA